AUGUCCACCAAGUCGUGCUCUCAAGCUCUCACUGUCUUACUAGUAAUCCUCCAUGUCUUUGUCUCAAACUCUUACGCCGGAUCCAUUGUAGUUUACUGGGGCCAAAAUGAGGGAGAAGGCUCACUCACAGCAGCAUGUGACUCAGGAAGAUAUCGUAUCGUAAACAUAGCAUUCCUCUCACAAUAUGGCAAUGGCCAAACACCUCAGAUCAACUUAGCCGGUCAUUGCGAUCCAAGAUCAAGGGGUUGCGUAAACCUGAGCACAGACAUAAAACAUUGCCAAAGCAAAGGCAUCAAGGUCCUCCUUUCCAUUGGUGGUGCUGAUGGGAACUAUGGACUAUCAUCAGAUGCUGAUGCCGGGAAAGUAGCAGACUACAUAUGGAAUAACUUCUUGGGAGGGCAAUCCAGCUCAAGGCCUCUAGGUGACGCCGUUUUGGACGGGGUAGAUUUCGACAUUGAGAAAGGCGGAUCACACUACGAUACACUUGCUAGGAAGUUGUCACAGUAUAGCCAAAGAGGGAAGAAAGUGUACUUAGGAGCAGCACCACAGUGCCCAUUUCCAGACCAGUUUGUUAAUGGUGCAUUAUCCACUGGCUUAUUUGACUAUGUUUGGGUUCAAUUCUACAACAAUCCACAGUGUGAGUUCACUACUAGCAAUCCUAAUGCCUUCAGGAACUCUUGGAAUAAGUGGACUUCAUCUAUACAAGCCGGUCAAUUCUUUGUUGGGCUUCCAGCUUCUAAAGCAGCUGCUGGGGAUGGUUAUGUGUCUACAGGUGAUCUGAUCAACCAAGUGUUGCCUUUUGUUAAGAAGUCUGCUAAGUAUGGAGGUAUCAUGCUCUAUGAUAGGUUUGAAGAUAUUAAGACUGGUUACAGUUCUAAAGUUAUAGGCAGUGUUUAA